UUUAGGGAGCUGCGCUAGGAGUAAUGGCAGGUCAAAUGACAUAUGGGAAGAAACAGUGGGAGAAAUAUGAUGUUCAGAUGAGAAAAAUUAUUCCUGUUAUGCAUAAUGCCAUGAAGGAACUGGUCACCAUCAUCGAUGCCGACACAACGGCUUUCAGCGAUUAUAUGGCAGCUCUGAGAUUACCCAAGAACACUCCAGAAGAAGUUUCAAUGAAGCAGACAGCUAUGGAAGCAGGCUUGAAGAAAGCUAUUGAUGUACCUAUGAGUCUCGCAAGAAAUGUCAAUAAAGUCUGGGAAACUGCUAAAGAACUUGCAUCUUUAGUAAACAUUGGAGCAAAAUCGGAUUUCCAAGUUGGUAUAAAGUGUUUACAGACGGGAUUCAUGGGAGCGUACUGGAAUGUCACUAUCAAUAUGGAAGGGAUCAAGGAUGAAGUAUAUAGAAAGAGGAUGUUAGAAGAAGUGGAACAGUACAGAAGAAUUGCUGAAAUAGAGUGUCAAGAAAUUUUUAAAAUUCUUCAACAGAGACAGUAGAUUUUAUUGUUGCCUGGGUUAUGUUUGAGUUGGAACGUUAAGGGUUAUGCUAGAUUAUAUUGUUGCCCGGGUUAUGUUUGAGUUGGAACGUUAAGGGUUAUACUAGAUUAUAUUGUUGCCCGGGUUAUGUUUGAGUUGGAAUGUUAAGGGUUAUGCUAGAUUAUAUUGUUGCCCGGGUUAUGUUUGAGUUGGAAUGUUAAGGGUUAUGCUAGAUUAUAUUGUUGCCCGGGUUAUGUUUGAGUUGGAACGUUAAGGGUUAUGCUAGAUUAUAUUUUUGCCCGGGUUAUGUUUGAGUUGGAGCGUUAAGGGUUAUGCAGUAAAUAUUUUGUCUGGACAAUCAGAUAUACUUAUCUAAUAGUAUGAGAUUAUAUGUAAUGAGAAUUUUGCUUUUUAUAUUUUUUUUACUUUUUUUACGGACAACUUGAUUCUUUUUUAUGUUACAUUUAUGUAACGAAAACAAGGUUUAUCUUAUUUUUUAAAAGUUAACUAGUAAGUGUUCAAAUUUUCAUGUUGUUACCAAAUUUGAAAAAAACAACUCGCCAUAUUGUAUGUGAAAUACACUGAAAACCUUGUACGCUUGUGCCUACAAAUAUUAAAGUAUACAUUUUUUUACAUCACGUAGAAUAAAACAGGACAACAGAUCGUGUUCUGUGCAUCAGGUACUGGUGCUGGUAAAAACUGCGGGAGAACUGUACUAACAAGUCUGUGUAUGAUUUUCGUUUUUUGGUCAAGUUGUUUUUUUAAAGCAACUUCUUCAUAAGUAUGUUGUCUGAUAGUUUCUAAAUAUAAAUAUUAAUUUGAAAUAAUAAUCCUACCAAGCUUAACUCUAAAUAAAUAAAUCAUCUAGGCCCCCAUCCACUAAAUUAAACACUAAAAAACUCGAAGCCAGCCUUUAUCAGAUUUAGUGAACAUUCUAGCAUUCUCAAAAAAUACGAAUUUUGCUACCCAGAUAGCUGCCAUAUUGGAUAAAUAAUGCCAUCUUAGUGUAACUAGUAAUUAACAAUACAAGUUUUUUGAAAUGCUAUAAUAGAACAGAAACUGUCACAUGAGCUAGUAUUAGUUUUAUUAUAAAACAUUUUUAAUAAAUAAAAAAUAUUGAUUCUAACAAAAUAUGGAGCACUAUAGAUGUAAAAUAGUGAUAUUUUUAAAUAUCAUUUCUUUUUUGUACUACUCCAAACAUUGGCUUGUUACUUAGUUCUCAAGUUAUCAGAUUACGGACUUUUAAAUAGAAAGAUGUUGUGACAGAAAACUUGUGGACUUGAAACUAGACAUGAUGACAAAUAUUCCAGUUUUAAAAGAAUUGGCUCAGAAGUUUAGUACAAGAUAUAUUUUUGUUUGUUUAGGGUAAGAAACAAAAUUUAUAAAGUACAGUGACAAUAAUUAUCCUGGUUUAAAAAUUUGUGAAAUAAUAUACAAAAAACAACAAUGUUAAGUAGCAUUUUGUUUUCUAGAGAUGACAAGUUUUAUUUUUCGUGAUGUAUUUUUAAGGGACCAAUUUUGCUUUUGUGAAACCAAAAAUGCAGUUACAAACUUUGUGUCACUUAUCAGCAGCUGUCACACUGCCUAUUUUUAAACUGUUUAACCACUAGAUGUCCACUUUGUCGUAACUUUAAUGUAUUUUAAGGACACUUUUUAUCUGCAUAUUUUUCAGUCAGAGUUUUGAGGUGUUUUAAUCAAAGAUCACGUGUAAACUUGAUCCGGUAUUAAACUAUAGAUCAAAUCAUGACAACUCUAGAAAUAGUCUGAAGAAUUGAAGGUCCUGUCAGACUAACCUCACAUUAGUUAUCAUUGGGUAUGAAUAAUAAAAAAUUAUAAUGUUAAGUUUGUAGCAUAAUGUUACGGGUGAUUUAUGUUUAAUGAUCUUUACAUUAUAAGUAGUGUGAAUUUAAUGUUUGUCAGGCUUGAUACACCAGGUCUGGAGUUAAUUAGCAAGAUGUAUGUAGAUAAUAAAGCAGCCUCUGUUGUAGAUGGGAAAUCAUAUUAGGAUAGUUCCCACCUUGUAUACGUGAAGCUGUAGUUAAACUUGUGCUUUCUAGUGUUUGGUUCAAUUACUGUGUAUUAAAAUUGAAAUAUUCUUGGAAGUAGAAAUAGUGAGGUAAUAGUAACACCGUGGAUGGCACCAACUUCGAGUUUAUCAGUAGUAUAUAACUACACUAUGUUUCACCAAGUUGACCUAAGGUCUCAGGCUACUUCUUCAUUGAAAUAUUCUUGGAAGUAGAAAUAGUGAGGUAAUAGUAACACCGUGGAUGGCACCAACUUCGAGUUUAUCAGUAGUAUAUAACUACACUAUGUUUCACCAAGUUGACCUAAGGUCUCAGGCUACUUCUUCAUUGAAAUAUUCUUGGAAGUAGAAAUAGUUUUUUGGGAAAUAUUUUAUAUUCCAAAUUAUUAUGAGCUGUACGUACGCUAUGUUUUGGUCAUGGCUGACAAAAUAAAAAAAAUUUUGACGUUUCA